AGAUUCCGUCUACGGUUUUCGCGCCACAUUACAUACGUUUACUCCGACAAGUCUAUUCCUGUUUGCAAAAUAAGUGCGCGUUGUUGAAUAAUAAUAAAUUAAUAAUCAAUAAAUCAGUAUCAAGUGCGUUUGAAUAUCAUUAUGAGUAAAAAGCCCUUCUUGGGACCUCCAGCCAAAAAACAUAAAUUCAGGGUGGACAAUGAAGAUGACGAGUAUCCAGGAACAUUUGAGGCAGAACUUGCUACUAUGGAAGACUUUGAGAACGGAUCCCAAGGUUUCAGUCAGCCUUCCGAAGAGCCUGAAGAGGCUCAUGUACAGACCAAAGGUCCGGAUCAAGAAAACACACGUGCCCAAUGGGGUCGACCGGCUCCUCCAUUACUUGAUCCAAACAAGGAUUCACUCACUUUUCAGCAAUUAGAAAUUGAUCACUACACAGGACAGCCACUGGCUGGAAUGCCAGGGAGCCAAGUGGGGCCUGUACCAAUUAUGAGAAUGUACGGAGUUACCAUGGAAGGAAACUCUGUUUGUUGCCAUGUCCACGGAUUCUGUCCUUACUUUUUUGUAACUGCUCCUGAAAAAUUCGUGGACUCUCAUUGCAAACCGUUUAGAGAAGCUUUGAAUAAAGCUGUGAUAGCAGACAUGAGAUGGAAUCAUGAAAACAUUCGAGACGCAGUACUAGUAGUGGAGAUGGUUGAGAAACGAUCUAUUUAUGGAUAUGCUGGAGAGAACUUAAUUCCUCUGUUAAAAAUAACAGUUGCCUUACAAAAAUUUAUUGCUGCGUCUAAACGUUUAUUGGAAAAGGAGACUAUUUUUCCAACUUUUCAAGAUCACGUGUAUCAAGCCUUUGAAAGUAACAUCGAGUUUGAUAUCAGGUUUAUGGUAGAUACUUCAGUGGUAGGUUGUUCUUGGAUCCAGCUAUCACCUGGUAAGUGGAAAUUACGAGGGAAACUAGGACACCAAUUACCUUUGACUAGCCGCUGUCAAUUAGAAGUUGAUGUUGCUUGGGAUGCCUUCAUUGCUCAUCCACCAGAAGGAGAAUGGGCCAAGGUUGCACCUUUUAGAAUACUCAGCUUUGAUAUUGAAUGCGCUGGACGAAAAGGCAUUUUUCCCGAAGCCAAUCAUGAUCCGGUUAUACAGAUUGCAAACAUGGUCAUAAGAAAUGGAGAUAAGGAACCAUUUCUACGUAACAUAUUCACAUUGAAUACAUGUUCAAGUAUUGUCGGAUCACAGGUAUUGUGUUUUUCAAAGGAAGAUAUCAUGCUAGAGGAAUGGGCAGACUUUGUUAGGCAGUGUGACCCUGAUGUUUUUACUGGCUAUAACAUAAACAACUUCGAUUUUCCGUAUUUGUUAAAUCGAGCACAACACCUGAAACUAAAAAACUUUAGCUAUCUUGGGAGGAUAAAAGACAUAAAAUCUGUGAUCAAAGAUCAGGUGUUACAGAGUAAGCAAAUGGGUAGACGAGAAAAUAAACACGAAAAUUUUGACGGCAGAGUACCAUUCGAUUUAUUGCUGGUACUUGUAAGGGAUUACAAAUUACGUUCAUAUACAUUAAAUGCAGUCAGUUACCAUUUUCUGCAAGAACAAAAAGAAGAUGUUCACUACAGUAUUAUUAGCGAUUUACAAAACGGCAAUGCUCAAACCCGCAGAAGACUUGCAGUUUAUUGUCUAAAAGAUGCUUACCUACCUCUAAGGCUACUAGACAAACUCAUGUGCAUGAUUAACUACAUGGAAAUGGCCAGAGUUACCGGUGUUUCACUUAGCUGUUUACUGACCAGAGGACAAGGAGUUAAAGUAGUCUCACAACUAUUACGGAAGGCACUUGAGAAAGGCUACGUAAUGCCAGUAUACCAAAGUCAAAACAGUGAUGAACAGUAUGAAGGAGCUACAGUAAUAGAGCCUAAACGCGGAUACUAUAGCGAUCCAAUUGCGACAUUGGAUUACAGCUCUCUAUACCCAAGUAUCAUAAUGGCUCAUAAUCUCUGUUACACGACGCUCUUACCUCAGUCGACUCAAUAUAAAUUAAAACUCCCUGAAGAAGAAUUUACACGGACACCAACCAAUGCCUUGUUUGUCAAGUCAACCGUGAGGAAGGGGCUUCUUCCAGAAAUCCUGGAGAAUUUGCUGACAGCUAGAAAAGUUGCCAAAACUGAGCUGAAGAAUGAAACUGAUCCGUUCAAAAAAAAAGUGUUAGACGGGCGACAAUUAGCGUUAAAAAUCUCCGCUAACUCCGUCUAUGGAUUUACAGGUGCUCAAGUAGGAAAAUUGCCUUGCCUGGAAAUAUCUAGCAGCACCACUGCUUACGGUCGUACAAUGAUAGAGCGCACUAAACAAGAAGUGGAGCAACGUUACCGAAUUGAAAAUGGGUAUAAACACGAUGCGGUUGUAAUAUAUGGUGAUACAGAUUCUGUCAUGGUAAAAUUUGGCGUAAAAACUAUAAAAGAAGCCAUGGAACUUGGAAAGGAUGCUGCAGAUUUUGUUUCGGCCAAGUUUAUCAAACCCAUUAAACUAGAAUUUGAAAAAGUCUACUUCCCAUAUCUUCUGAUUAACAAAAAACGAUAUGCAGGCCUAUUGUUUACAAACCCAAACGAAUAUGAUAAAAUGGACUGCAAAGGACUGGAAACUGUGAGAAGAGACAACUGUCCCCUUGUUGCAAAUAUGAUGAAUACCUGCCUACAAAAGUUGCUUAUUGAAAGAGACCCUCAGGGAGCGACAAACUACGCAAAACAGAUAAUAAGUGAUCUUCUCUGCAACCGCAUCGACAUCUCACAACUCGUUGUAACCAAGGAACUAACCAAGACUGAUUAUAAGGCUAAACAAGCUCACGUAGAGUUGGCGGCAAAAAUGAAGAAAAGGGAUGCCGGGACAGCUCCAAAACUCGGCGACCGAGUACCUUAUGUGUUCAUAUCCUCUACAAAAGGAACUCCGGCUUACCAAAAAGCAGAGGAUCCAAUUUACGUCCUUGAGAAUAGUAUUCCGAUUGAUUCCAAUUAUUAUCUGGAAAAUCAAUUAUCAAAACCAUUGUUGAGAAUUUUCGAACCAAUCCUUGGAGACAAAGCAGAAUCUCUUCUCCUCAGGGGAGAACAUACACGCACUAAAAUCAUAGCAACUUCUCGUGUCGGUGCCCUGGCUGCCUUCACGAAAAAGAAGGAAACUUGUAUAGGAUGCAAGGCAGUUUUGAAACCCGACAGAGAGCUCUUGGCUCUUUGCGAACACUGCGAAGUUCAUGAAUCUAAACUUUUCCAAAGAGAAAUGUUGGAAGGAAGAAAAUUGGAGGCGAAAUUUUGUAAAUUAUGGACAGAGUGCCAAAGAUGCCAGGGAAGCAUACACCAAGAAGUGUUAUGUACAAGUCGAGAUUGCCCAAUUUUUUACAUGAGGAAAAAAGUAAGGAUUGAACUGGAUGCACAGGAAAAACGAAUUGAUAGAUUUGGCAUUCCAGCCUGGUAGAGAAGUUCAAGUGCAUUCGAUAGCCAGUCCAUCGCCAUGUCCAGUCCUUCUCCUUUGGUUGCUGACGUUUUGAAUAUUUGAAAUGUUCUGUUUUUCAAUGCGUCCAAACCAAGAGCCUGGUGGACCUCAGCUACACUCAAACACCCGGCCAUAUCUUGUUUAUUCGCCAGGACAACGAGGAUCGCCCCCUGCAGCUCAUCCUCCUUCAAGAAUUAUCAAAAAUGUUAGCUUAUUAUAGUUUUCAGAAGCUUCCAUGCCAUCAAACUCGAACUUGGCUGAUUAAAAAUAUUGGAAGCGAAUCAAAAUCAAAUGGCAGUCAUAUGAAUUGUCUUGAUAUGAUUUGGAAAUGUUUUUAAUUUUAUAGUAAAAAAAAAAAAAAAAAAUGUUUCGAACCAUACUUACACCUAACAUGU